AUGAGCCCCGAGGCAGCAUAUCCGGCGCCUCCUCAGCUUCUGUCUACCCACCCCAUACCACCGCAGUCAGCUCGCCCUGCACGCCCGCCGAAUGUCCGUCAGCCCUCGAACGCCUAUGCUCCCGCUCGCCGCCCUCAUCAAUAUUCCUAUAACAACACUGCUCAACGUGCACGCACUACAUCUACGAAUCGUGUCCGUCGCAACCCCAACGCCGAAUACCGCGCUCAAGAGAAGGCAUACGUCCAGCGCUUGCGUCAAGAUGCUCCGCCUGAUGACUUCUUCGUUGGCGAGCCGCGAACACCCAGUCUUGAUUAUAGCGACGGCUCAGAACCCGACGACGAGUCACCUGCUGCUGGAGAGGUACUUGAACACGAACAUGACGAAGAGACGUUAUUAUACUACGGCAACGAAGAUAUGCAACCAUCGAUCGAAGAAUUGAAAAUACCAGAGAACCGCGAGCGAUUGGAAUGGCACUCUAUGCUGGCCAACGUGCUCACCGGAGAUGUUGUCAAGCAAGAAAAGAAGCGUUUGAUUGGUGGCCAGGAUCCUCAGAGCGACAGAUCAUUGAUCAUGGAGGUCUGGACUGGAGUCAGAGCAAAGGUCUGCGGUCGUUCUUUGGCUGCUCAACGGCGCAUGAUUGAAGACGGACGCAGCAAGAUCAAGUCUGUCAUUGAAGAGAUCAUUGCCUUCGAAAUCAAGGGCGAGGCUGAGGCAGGCAAGAUUCCACUGGAGCAAGUUCGGGAUGUUGUGCAAAAGAUUGAAAAGAUCGAAGGAUUAUACCCUACACGCAUGUCUUUUGUCCAAGCCAAUCCGCGCGCCGCAUCAGACGCCUAUAUCAACAGCUGCGAUGCUGUCAUGUCAUGGCACAACACAACCGAUCUGAUCAACACCCAACUCGGCAUUCUGCAGGCUUGGGUCGGUAACCAAGAGCUGUCAUUCGACAAGCCACGCCAACGUGGUCUUCAAGACACUCACGGUCACAUCAUUGACGAGAGUACCUUUAUUGACCGCAUCCUGAAGGAAGACGGUCUUCGCUCACUGUGGGACGAAGAAAAAGAGGUCAAGGAAAACAAACCCAAUGGUCUCUUCCACGUCGUCAACACUGUCAUCGACAAGGCGAAGUCGACUCUCAUAUCCAAUGCCGAGUCAUUCGCAGAUCGCCACUUGCCUCCAUACAUUGAGGAGUUGUUGACUUUGAUCAAUUUCCCUUCACGUCUGGUCCAAGAGAUCAUCAAGGUCCGUAUAGGUUAUGCCAAGAAGAUGAAGGAUCCUGCUCAACAAGGUGUCAUGAUGGCCGAGCAAAUGAUCUUACAAUUCCAAAGUCUUCUAAAGCUAGCCGUCAAGGUCAAGGAGGCAUACCUUCUUGCUGCUCACCCUGAGCCUGGCUGGGAUCUGCCGCCUUGCAUUGACGAAAACUUUGAUCGUAUCGUUCUCGAAGCUGUUCGCUUUUACUUCCGCAUGCUGAACUGGAAGUUGAUGGCCAACAAGAACACUUUCAAAGAGGCCGAAAUUCUCGAACAGGAAUGGGGUUUCUGCAACGAGUUGGGUAGGCACCUCGAAGGUGGUGAUGUCGAGGUUGCUGAGCAGUUCAGUUCCUUGACGUCCAAGUCGCUCACCAGAUUGACGUUGCACUUUGAACGUGAGUUGCAGAAACGGCCCGACGAAGUUGCUGGUGCCGAAAUGGACAAGAGAUAUAAGAACAUUCUCGACUCUGUUCGUGUGCGCCAACGUAAAAUCUUCCGAUUCUCUCGUUUGUUGAGUCAACGCUUCGAGAAUUCUACUGAGUACAGUCUCAAUAUGAACUCGGUCCACAUGCAGGACUUGAUUGAUGCACUUAUUGGCUCUGGUCAUUUCCUCAUUGAUACAGAUUCGGAGAAGACUGGCUUGUACUUCAUCGCUUGUCCAGCCUUAGACGGUCGCCUCAAGGAGAUCGAGACUUUGCUCCGUACCUGCUACCACCCUGAAGAAUCCAUCGAAGAUCUCACCAACCCUUACGUCCUCAUACUCAAGCCCGAGAACCCCAUCGCGUGGGAUGGUGCCAUACUUGAGAGAUCCGGAUUUACGCCACCCCACAUCGACCUUCGUACUGGAUUCAUGCGUCUUGUCGCUGAUGGUCCACAAGAAAGACUUGGAGAUGCCAACACCGCUUUUGCUUCCAAUAUCAACCUUGAUCUCAAUGUCGUAGUGCCACAACGUGCGAACAUGACACGAGUCAACCAGGAACUUCAGAAGAUCAGACGCACUACCUACAAGCUCAGCAACACCAUCAUGGACAGUGUUGAGAUCGUGCGCAAGCAGACUGAAGGACUUCAGUGCCAAGAACUUAUUCAGACAUGUUUUGCUUUCGCCACUGAGUUCGGACAGCGUUCAGUGCUUUACAUGGACCCCAACCGUCGUGCUUACCACAACCUAAUGAUGACAAGACUUGCGCUGGACUGGGUCAGCUUCGUCGCAGACGAUUGUAUUCCCUCAGACCGCAAGACUUUCCGCUGGGCUGUCGUAGCACUUGAAUUUGCCAUGGUGAUGACACGAGGACAAAACAUCCUGUCCAUCAGCAUGACCGAGUACGAUAAGCUGCGAGCAAAGGUGGCUGGAUGCAUGUCUUUGCUGAUCAGUCACUUUGAUAUUAUGGGCGCUCGUUCAAACGUUGCUGCCGAAGCAGAGAAGCAGCGACUAGAGAGUAUGGCUGGCAAGCUACGUCUGGACGUCAGCAAGCUGAAGGACGACGAGGAGAGCUCCAGACUUGUCCAGCAGCAAUGGGUCGAGCAACUUCAACAAAUUGACGAGUUCCGCAAGGAGCGUGAAGCUGAACGCCAAGCACUGGGACGCGUUCUUGAAGACAGCAACGAAGCCGAUCGUGCUUUGACAUACCUUUCUGCCUCAGCAGGAAACGUUGUAUUACGUUGGCAGCAAGGUCAAUUUGUUGGUGGUGGUACCUUUGGUUCCGUCUACGCUGCCAUCAACCUUGACAGUGGUCAUCUUAUGGCCGUCAAGGAAAUUCGACUCCAAGAUCCUCAACUUAUUCCCACGAUCGUAUCACAGAUUCGCGAUGAAAUGGGUGUUCUACAAGUCCUCGAUCACCCUAACGUUGUCAGUUACUACGGUAUCGAGCCUCACAGAGACAAGGUUUACAUCUUCAUGGAGUACUGUUCAGGCGGAAGUUUGGCAGGUCUUCUUGAGCAUGGCCGUAUCGAAGACGAGACUGUCAUCCAAGUAUAUGGUCUUCAGAUGUUGGAGGGUCUUGCCUAUCUUCACGAAGCAGGCGUGGUCCACCGCGACAUCAAGCCCGAAAACAUUCUGCUCGACCACAAUGGUGUCAUCAAAUACGUCGAUUUCGGCGCCGCAAAGGUCAUCGCCAAGCAAGGCAAAACACUCGUAGCUGACCCUACCGGCCGCGGUGGACGUCAAAACUCCAUGACCGGCACACCAAUGUACAUGUCCCCAGAAGUCAUCAAAGGCGGCGCACCAGUCAACUCCCGCCACGGCGCCGUCGACAUCUGGUCCCUCGGCUGCGUCAUCCUCGAAAUGGCAACAGGACGUCGUCCCUGGGCAUCUCUUGACAACGAAUGGGCCAUCAUGUACAACAUUGCCCAAGGCAACCCGCCUCAACUUCCCUCACCCGACCAGCUUUCCGAGCUUGGUCUCGACUUUUUGAAAAAGUGCUUUGAGCGUGAUCCGGCGAGACGAUCUUCGGCUGCUGAACUGUUGCAGCAUGACUGGAUCAUGCAGUUGAGGAAUCAGUUGAGUCUGGAGCCUGGUACGCCUCAGACACCGGCUUCGGAGGCGAGCUUUGGGAGUAUGAGUAGGCAUGAGAGUACGAACGGGUCUUAUAACUCAUCAUAG